UAUAACUCAGCAGGGAGGGCGGAUGCUCGGAAACUCUCUUUCACUCUUACUUUCCUCUUGUUACUUUGUCUCCCCUUUAUUUUCCUCUCUGUCAUCCGCACUGCGUGGUGCUGUCCGGAAGAUAAACCAGGGAUAACACAUUCUAUGUGAAGAUGAAGUCCUGUCUGGUUUUUCUCGUCACCUGUGUGACCCUGAUCUCGCUGUGUCAUGCCACCCCUCUCACAUCCCUGGAAGCCAGCGGUGAUGAAGCAGAGCUGGAGCUCCUUUUUCCAACCUCUUUCUCCACUCGAGCACCUGUUCACAUCUCCGCCACUACUGGAGCUCCCACCCUCACCAACACCAUCACCACCACCAUGAUCCGCCUGAAGGACUUCGUCCUCACCCGAGUAGUGGACUUCCUGCAGGAGAAUCUGCUCAUCAUCAUCGUCGUGACCUCCCUUCUCAUCGUCAUGGUCUUCAUCAUCUGCUGUGCCUCUGCCAUGAGUCACAAGCGCAAGCUGGAGGCCUACAAACCCCCUCCUCACCCAAACAGGAAGUAUACGGCUGAUAAAACAGGCGGACGCAAGAAUUCAGGCGACCUCCAGGAGAGGCCGUACGCCGUCGACCACGUCAAGAGGGUCCAGACUCAGAGCAUGGCCUCCCCCAAGAACCUGCGCGUGCCAUCCAAGGCUCUGGUAGGAGAGAGGGGGAGAGACGUCAGGUCAUCGCCCCGCCAGGAGGUCAGAAAGGUCAGGGCGGCAGAGGAGGUGGAAAAGCGGAGAGAGGAGCCCAGGCACAAAGAGCAGCUGAAGUACAGGGAGGAGGAGAGAUCCAGCCCCAGCACCAGCUCCGCUCAUCCAGUCUGCACCUGCCACAUGAAGAAGGGCCACCAUUAGGGCCUGUUCAGGGCUGAUGUGGCGUAAGAGGUGAAACGUUGCAACCAUGACAUGAGAACAGGAUCAGACACGUUGGUUAUACUGCACACAGGUUCAUGCCUUUAGAUGAAAAAGGAUCCAUCAUUUAAACACUUUAAAUGUUAAUAAAAAUAUGGACCUGAUCACCUGGAGUAUAAUCUAAAGUAAAAAUGAAAAAUACCAGGAUAGAAGAUGUGAGUAGAAAUCAGAAUACUCAGUUGUGUUAGUGCAUAAAUCCAGUCUAUAAAGUUUUUGAUUGAUUAAAAAGCCACACUUGAUAUCAGAGGAUGUGGAAAAAUAAUGGCUGAUUUCUUUGAAGGCUACGUGCCGACAGCCUUUCACUUUUAAAGCGGCUCAGUCGUCCUAUGCAGUGGUCAGCCACUUGGUUUUAUCAGUGAUUACCACAGAGUCUCAAACGCCUAAAAUAAUGUCACUGUGCCAGUGAAGUAGCAACACUUGAAAUAAUAAGUGAAAUCAAUGUUUUUCUUAUGGAUACAUCUUUUUUUUCUUUUUUUUUUUGAAGACAAAAAAUAUUUAAAGGUGAAAAGAACAGGCAGCCUGUAAUUCCGCAAUCUUUUUCAAAUACAAAUGACAAGUAUUUUUAAGUGUUUUUAAUACAGAUAUAUAUUACUCCAUAUGCCUGCCUAGACAGAGAAAUCUCCUCAGUACCUCCUGCUGUACGCUGUGGCAUCUUCUCAUCAGCUAUACGAGCUUUGGCUGAAGCAGUCUGUCAUUUAGAGCAAAAUCUUUGCUGCUGUAAAUAAAGCAAAGUGAGACGCCAGUAAACUUGAUUUGUUGGAUAAGUAAUAAAACAUUCUUCUUUAUAUUUACAUUCAUAUUUACUUCAUUUUUUUUGGCAUAAUGUUAUUUUUUUGUCAUAGUCUAUUGUAUUUUACUUUAAGAACUUGAUUCACAUAGCUUUACACUGCGUUUGCGACUGUUAUUUCUGGUGGGUAAAAAAAUACUUAUACCUAUAAUCUCUCUAUGUAUUUAUUUGGUGAUAAUUCUGAUCUGCCAUUAUUAAAAGCAGGGUUUUUGGGAUAAAAGCUUUGUGAAUCAGGGUUUGAGUUUUUUUUAAUAAGUAAUACUUGUGUAUAAGGUAAAUUAUGGGUUUUGUUUGUAAUGUAAUAAUUUGUAAUGAGUCAUAAACUUGAGUGCAGGGAUAGAUAGUGGUGAUAUGUAAUAGGCGGGUGUGAUAUUUGACUCAUGGUGGUUUAAAAAGGUCUUAAAAAUCAAAAGCUGAGAAGUGUAUGUUUGUCAUAUUCGUCUUAUUAUAUUUGAUUUAAAAUUCAGAUCACACUGGAGAAGAUAAUUUGUAAUAAUCUCCAUCUCUCUGUCCCUUUACUCAAGAUAAUGACUCUGAGCAUCUCCACCAAAUGUGUGAGUUUGUGUGAUUUAUGGGCCAGACUUGUGUCAUGUUUAAACACUCUUUAACCUCAGAUUCCUCAGAUGUUUCUGCGCAGAUGCUUCCUCUGUAAGUGACCGUUUUUAUUGUUUACAA